AGUGAGCUGCUGCUGCCGCCACCGCGAGUGCGGGACUCCCAGGCUCUGCCUCCCGGAGGCUGCGGCCGCGGCCGGAUCCGGGAAGAGGAGGCGGCUCCUCCCCGGGGGCUGGGGAAGCACAGAGAGCGUGUGAGCCGCUGCAGCCAGGUGCAGGCUGCCGGGAUGCCCCGGGCCGGAGUUUCCCCCUAGCGAGGCUGGGGACAGGAGUGCGCUGGCAGGGGCCGGGGUGCGGGGAGCGUGGCUGCUCUUUGGGCUCCCGCCGCGGCCCCGGCCGCUCAGCAGCUCCCGGGAUGUCGCUCGGUGUCCCGGCUUCGGGCAGCGUCCUGCAGCGAAGCGCCUCUUCCGAUGGGAAUCAGCCGCAGAGUCCCGAAGAGGAUGAUAGGAAGAUAAGACGGAGAGAAAAAAACAGAGUCGCUGCCCAGAGAAGCCGGAAGAAACAAACGCAGAAAGCAGACAAACUCCAUGAGGAAUAUGAGUGCCUUGAACAAGAAAAUACCUCCCUGAAAAGAGAGAUUGGGAAGCUAACAGAUGAGAUGAAACACCUGAGCGAGGUGUUGAAGGAUCAUGAAAAGAUCUGCCCUUUAUUGCACUGCUCCAUGAACUUUGUGACCAUACCCAGGCCUGAUGCCCUCACCAGUUGCCUGCCAAGAUGAGAGCUCCUCCUUAUUGCCUUUAAAUGCUGGUUAUUGUUGCACGAAAAUGGGAGAGAUUUAAAGAUCCAGCUUCUUUUUUUCACCACAAUGCAGGUAUAUCCCUCUUGCAGAGGGAUGGACUUUAUCAAAUAGGCCUUUACAUCUCUAAAUCCUCUGAAUAUCAAAAAGGUCAGUGUGGGGAGAACAAGACUGAGCUACAAUUUAUUUUCUAGAACCUGUAAUACACUGUUUCAUGUUCAUAAAUGGCAAAAUAUGAUACAAUCUGCUUUUACAGGAUGGAAACUCUGGAGAAAAAUAGCGGUAUAGGCUAGAAUCUGAUUUACCCCACACUCUGCUGGCUAUUAUUUCUGAGUUGUUAGAUUGUCAUCCAUAGAUCUUAUAUAUAUAAUAUUCUGGCUGCUCAUUUUUUGUUUACACUGGGGUUUGGCUAAUAAAAUCAAUGUGCUCUUUUUAUCUUUAUGGUGUCCCCCACCUUCUUCAAUAUCCAAUGCCUUUCGAACACCUUUACAUCUGCUCAUUUGUCAAAUCCAAAGUCUAAUGCUAAUCUCCCUGCUUUCAGUGUGCCUUAUUAUUUGCUGAUCACCAGCUUCAGGAUGUUUGAAAAGCUUUAUUGAUUUCCCUUCUGAAGCUUGUGUAACAACUGAGUGUAGAUCAUCUUCACUUCCCUAAUCACCCAAGCCAUCAAUCCUCAAAGAGUUUUAUUCUCAUUCUUGCAUGAAGUGUGCCCACUUUCCAAGGAGUAAAUGCAGAACAGGCAGUUUGGGGUCCAGAUUCAUCCCAGGAGCAAAGCCACUGUAGCCAGUGGAAUUCUGCCAGAGGGAAUUCCCUUUGGGUUUUUUUGUUUUGUGGUUUGUUUGUAUGUUUUGUAAUUUACUAGUUGUUCUUUUCCCCAUUAUCCAUUACACAUCUAGAGCUAGAUUCACCAGGGAGACUUAGGUGCCUAACUGCCACUUUACGUGCCUAAGCCCAACAUUUAGGUGCCACUAGCAUUCACCAAAUCCCCAAGGUGCCUACAUUUUGGCACCUGGUGUGCACAGCUGCCUCAAUCCUGCCCCCAUCCAGCAGCUCAGUGCUUAACUUUCACCUAAGCCCCAGCAGGACCUAUCAAGUAGGCAAUCCCCUGUCUAUGUUGCCUUUGGGGCUUGAUCCCAUAGGUGUACUGAUAGCAUGCCUAAACCUGCGCAAAAGAUGCCAGAGGAGAUGGUGGUGGUGUCCCCCUUUUGCCCAAUAGCUCAGUGGUUAGAGCACUCACCCAGGAUGUGGGAGACGUAGGUUCAAAUUACUGCUGUACUGCCUCCUGUCUCCACAGGGAAGUUGGUGGUAUGGUCGGUAGAUAAAAGCUUGGCUACAGGAUGAAGGAGACCUGCCUGACUUUUCAGCCGCUGAAGCACCAGUUGGCUGCAAUGUGAGCCUCCUUCCAGCAGGGGAUCCCUUGCACAGUCUGACCAGAAUUACAGGUAUCUAGAACAGAGCACUGCUUGGGAGGGAGUUGGCAACUGAGGAGUAAGAGGCCUAGAGCUGAAGCUGCCUGAUCCCAGGUUUUCCUGGACGUGACCUCUUUUUUGGUAGCCCACCCUCUGUCCGGGCAGAUUUUUCAAAUAAGAGGCAGUGUCCAGGAUUGUUCGUUGUGGAGCAGAGGUUGCAGCUCAGAGAGAGCCAUCUCCACCCCCGAUUGGUCCCUCCCCUGCAUCCACAGAUGCCAGAUCCUGCCUGCCCUAGCCCAGCCUGCCAGGUAAGUGGAGCCACCAAGCGCCUCUUGGCUGGGCCACCUGCCCCGCCGCGGGGCCUCAGAACCUGUCUGGGAGGGGUGACAGGACCAGGCUUUGGUUCCCUGCCAUAGACAGGCUGGCACUGUGUCCCGGGCCUGGGCCAGCCUCCCCGCCACUGUGAUAGGGAGCACGACACUGCCCCCCCACCUCGACAGUGAGGCCUCAGGUACCCCUUCCAACAUCUCCCAGGUACCCCUUCGAGUACACACACACCUCUCCAGCACCCCCCAAAAAACCCAGUACACAUGCACUCCCCAUAUACCCCUUCCAGCACAUACACCCCUCCAGCACCCCCCUCCAGUACACACACCCCUCCAGCACCCUCCCAAACCCACUCCCAGUACACGUACACCCCUCCAGUACCCCAAAUACCCCUUCCCAGUAUACACACUCCUCCAGCACUCCAAAAUACCCCCUUCAUCACCCCCAAAUACCCCCUCCCAGUACACAUAAACCCCUCCAGCAUCCCCAAAUCCCCUUCUCAGUACACAUGCCCCUCCAGCACCUCCAAAUACCCCCUCCCAGUACACACACACUCCAUCCAGCACUCCCAAAUCCCCCUCCAGCUCCUCCUUCCCCUCCCCACCCCCCCAAAGGUAUCCUCUAGUUGUGAACUUGAAAUAUACUAACCCUAUGUCCAGGUAAAGCCCCCACCCCCACUCUUGCUCCCCAGCAACACUAGCUUGUGUUCAGCAAUCACCCAGAUACAAAUUAGCAGGAACUCUGAUUUUAAAAGCCAAAUUAAAGAGUCAGGCUAUGGAUCUAGCUCAGCCACACACACCAAAAUAGAUCAAGGCAUCAUUUUUGAAUUGUUUCUGCUCAUUUGAAUAACAAUGAAGUAGUAAUGGGCUGCUUCGUUUUUUCUCUUUGAUACACUGUCAAAAAGCAGAGAUGUUUAUAAAAGGACAUUAUAAUUGAACAUUUUAGGCUUCCUUUGGCAUUUAUUUUACUAUGGAAUCUAGAAAUAGAAUAAUAGAGUCAUACAAAUGUAGGGCUGGAAGGGACAU